CGGUCGGCUCGGCACCGCUUGGCUUUGUUUCUUGUCGCCAUUGGCCUGGCCGGCAGGGCUGCGUAGGGCUUCUGUGCUGCGAGGCCUCGUCGUCACCUCUGCAAGUCGUUGCGGGGGUUUGAUUGGGAAGCUGUUUGUUUCGGGUUCUCGAAGGGCAAGGCGGUGCGUGCGGGUUCGAGGCAGCAGUCUCGGGCGUUAUGCGGAGUAUGAAAGUCGGAAAACUAGUGUCCAUGGGCAGUUGGGUCGUAUAAAACCCUCCCUGGGAGCCGUCGCUCUGUUUAUCAUGUCGCUGGUCCAGACCUGACUGGCUCCAGACAUCCUAACUCCUUUGACAGUUCCCCUAGAACUAGUGAUCUGACGCCAUGAGGUUUCUUUUCCGGUCCCUAGCCGCGGCCGCCGCUUGCCUGCACCUCGUCGCGGCGGCGCCACAGACGCAGCCCAGCGACAUCUCGCUUCGCUCCCGCGCAGACACGGGCGGCGUGCACUCCCUCGAGAAGCGCCGCAGCUGGGCCAAGGGCAUCAGCAAGAAGCUGACGCACAUCGUCGACCAGGCCGAAAAAGCAGGCAAGGACGUGGUGGGGGCCGUCAGCGACGCGCUCAAGGACAUCGACGAGGAACUGCGGCCGACUGCCGAGGACAUUGGCGAGGCCUUCUCGGACGUCGUGUCAGAGAUCGCCAAGCUGUUCCAGCCCGCCGUGUGCGCCGUCGUCGCCAAGACCCUCGUGCCCUUCUACGACACGUCGGCCGACAUGUUCGCGGCGCUGAACCCGGGCCCGCCGGCCGCCACCAACGCCGACCAGAACUUCUUUCUAUACCCCUUCGUCGGCGACCUCGUGCUCGACGGCAUCCGCAUCCACUACCGCGCCAACUUCGCCCCGGGCUUCUCCGCGCACGGCGUCACCAUGGGCCGCGACGUCUACGUGGACAGCUACGCGGCGUCGGCCGCGCCCACGAGCGCCGACUUCUUCUCCACCGUCAGCCUACUGCUGCACGAGCUGGCGCACUGCCGCCAGUACCGCGACCGCGGCUGGCGCCUGCACGAGUUCGGCGAGCGCUACCUGUACGGCUGGUGCGCCGCCGGCUUCAAGUACGCCGGCAACGACAUGGAGCGCGAGGCCGACGCCGUCGAAAACCGCCUCGACGGCCUGCUCACCCCCCAGGGAAUUCGGUAUUACCAACUGUGGCGCUCGCAGCCGGCCGUCGCUGCGCUCGGGUAUCCGUCGAACGGCGCGCCCGUGCCGGUGGUUGGCGGCGGCCCUGCGGGCAUGCUCGAGCUGCAGUUCGAGCGCGGCGUGGUGCUCCUGAAUGCGGCUAGCUGCUUUCGCGUGUUGACGGCCGACGAGUCCAAGGCGCGCAGUCUGGCGAGGUGUACCAUCCGGCCGUGUGUUAAUAGUGGCGUGGAGAUGCGGAGGGCGGAGAGCGGCCCGGCGGUCUGCACCGAGGCCAUCCGCGAGGAUAACUUCAAGUGCAGGCUCGCGCACACGACGUGGGCCAAGGCGCUCAAGGACGGGUUUACCUGCUGAUGGCAUGGGUGGCUGGGAUGAUGUGGCCGGCGUGUUUUGGUGAGAUGGAAAGGAAGGGGGGAUCAGGCAUCACUGUUGUCGACUUUCGAGCGUAGGCGCCCCCGGAGGGCCGCUCAGUUCCCUUUCCCGACUUCCAUUGCCAGGUAGCGUGUUUCAAGGGCCCAAUUAAUUAAAGCGAAGCAAUAAAUUCCCCGUAUUUGUUGAUAUCCCGCUGUUCGCUCUAAGCCUAGCAUAGGAAAAAAGGCCCCUUUCCCCUAUUCCAGGGUGAAAUAUUUCUCUCGUCCACUCAAUUAGUCAAAGUCACUUGGCGGGCAAUCCCGCAAGAGAGCGCUUAGUACGCCAGCCGCUUGCCCUCCCAGCCAAUGUAACCGUCCUUGGACCCCGCGCUCUCGCGGGUGGUGUUGUCGAUCUGGAUUC